AUGGCCAGUUUUUAUCGAAAUUUAUUGGACCAAACUAGUUUGGCAAAGGCUGCAGCCAUUGAAGCAAGUCGUUCGGCAUUAUCAUCUAAAAAAACAGAAAAACGUGCACGUUCCAGCUCAGCAUCAGAUAAUUCUGACGAAGAUGACAACAAACAUUUAAAAACUGAUAAAGACCUUGCAAAUCAAGCACGGGCGACUGGUAAAAUGGUAGUAUUGAAUGAUGACGAACAAAUUGUAGAUAAACGACAACUUUUGUCACCAGGAUUAAAUGUUACCAAAAAGCAAAUAAUUUCAUCAAAAUCGUCGCAUAGCACAGAUUCACGGACAAAUUAUUAUAAUAAAAAAGCUAGUGAGGAUAAAUAUAGCUCAAAGAAUCAUGAUGAAAUGAAACGCCGUGAACGACAGAGCAGAGAACUGGAACAGCAAAUUUUGGAAACUCAACAGAAAAAAGAAGCAGAGGAAAAAGCCCGGGAGGAACAAAUUUUAAAACAAUUUGUUGCAAGAAAGAACGAUGAGCAAGCUAUAUCUGAUGCAAAGGCUAGAUAUUUGGCUAGAAAAAAGAAGGCUCAGAUAUAA